AAUGAUGGACAAUCAAAAAAAACCAUUCACUUAAUACAAAUCGCCCAAAAAAACCGUCUUGCAUGCAACAAUUUGGUACGUAGGUACCCAUCAUCGCGCCAUUCUAAAGCGACGAGAGGGGGUCGCGUGAAUUUAAACUAUAAAAAGUUCAGAUAUAGUUUAAAUCGGGGUCUCACACUGACCGAUUUACAUCAUUUGGAUAGAAUGAAGUCAUAUCUGCUCGCACUUUUCGUCGCUGUUGUCUCAGCUCGUCCUGAGCCUCCAGUUGGCUACAGCUAUCCAUCGCCUGGCGGCAUUGGACAAGGAAUUGGACAAGGAAUUGGACAAGGAAUUGGACAAGGAAUUGGACAAGGCAUUGGGAUCGGGGGCGGAUCCUUCGGCUCUUCAGGUCAUGGAGUUGGAGGCGGAUUCGGAGGAAUCUCCAGUGGUUUCGACAGCUCCUCCAGCUUCUCCUCCGGAGGAGGUGGUGGAGGAGGUUUCGUGAGCGACGGCUACGCUUCCGCUGGCCCCACCGUGCAAAAGCACGUCUACGUCCACGUGGCCCCAGAGGAGCCGGAAGUGCAGCGUCCUCAAAGAGUCUACCCAGUGGCGGCGCCUCAGAAGCACUACAAGAUCAUCUUCAUCAAGGCCCCCAGCCCGCCCAACCCAACCGCCCCCAUCAUCCCAGCUCAGCCUCAGAACGAGGAGAAGACCCUGGUCUACGUCCUGGUUAAGAAGCCGGAAGAACAACCGGAGAUUGUCAUCCCGACCCCAGCCCCAACUCAGCCCAGCAAGCCCGAAGUCUACUUCAUCCGCUACAAGACCCAGAAGGAGGCUGCUGCCGCUGGUUUUGCUGGAGGAGCGGGAAUUUCUGGCAUUUCUGGAGCUGGAGGAGCAGGAAUUUCUGGAUCCGGAGUCGAUCUUUCCAACGCCGAUCUGUCUGGACAUGGAGGAAGCAUAUCUGGCGCUGACCUGGGCAACGGAGGCUCAAUAUCCGGAAGCUUCGCCUCUGCAGGAGUAGGAGCGGGAGCAGGAGCUGGUGGCGCCGCCCAGUACGGCCCACCCGGCUACCACAAAUAGGCUCCAACCGAUUUUCCAUUUUAAGAAGUAAUUUAUUUUGAUUGUUGGCUGACAUGUUGAGUGAGAUGCAUCUGAUCCUACCUCCAAAGCGAUGUACGGUGAGGUCCUUUCUGUAUAUAGUUCUAGAUGUACGCGAAUUUUGGCUUUAAUAUGCUCAUUAGCUUUAAGAAACGGUGACAAAUAAUUGCGUAGCAUUAAAGUUAUAUUUUUAUACUCUA